UUGUCCAACUUGUUGACAGGAGCUGAAAUAAUCGACGUCACGUACUAGUAGUACCUGUCGAUUCCCAAAAGAAACUUUGGCAUCAUUGGCAUUAUAUAAAAAGGCCGUCAUCUUUGUGUCGAUCGUCACAUUCAAGUCCAACCGAUUGCGGACAGCAGACAGCACACAGCAAGAUGAAAUUGUCGCUCCUGACUUUGCUCCUGGUGGCUGCCGUCGUCUGCAUUUCGGUCACCGAUUCCGCACCCAGUUGGCCCAGGUUUAGAGCUCGUCGAUUACGCAAUCGAACGGAAGCACCGGCGGAAGAAAUAGUUGAAGCCGCUCCUGAGGGCAAAAAGGAAGAAAAAGCGGAAGCGGCUCCGGAAGAGGCCAAGAAAGAGGAGAAAACCGAAGCGGCUAUCGAUUUUGGAACGCUUCCGGUUGAAACGGCUGCAGAAGAAGCUCCCAAAGAGAAGAAAGUCGAAGAAGCAGCUCCCGUGAAACAGGAGGAAGCCAAGCCAAAAAAAGCGGCUAAAGUGGAGGAAGCGGAGGAAGCGGAAGAGGCGGAAGGACUUUCAGCCGAAGUCUGAAAAACAAUUCCAAUUCAAAAUGAGAAAAAGG